UCAUCACCUUUUCAUCAGGCAAAAUACCACCUCAACGCAUCGACCACCCCUCAUGGAAUCUCUAAAUAUCAAAGCAGCGCACGAGUCCUUGAAGGCAUCACCAUCGCUCUGUUUAAACCUCUCCUCCUCCAAGCAGAAGAACGGAUGGAGCUGCAGGUUGGAGCAGUUAGUCUUUGCACAUUCAUAUUAAUCCGAUUUUAUUCUUUCCAAAAGUCUUCAGACGAUUGAAGUUAGUUUGAGUUUGCGUUAAUGCUCAAAAAGUCUGAAAAAUUCUUUUUUUGUGAUUUAGCAUCAUCAAGUGGUUGAGCUAAACACACGUCCAUAACUUUUGCAAAAGCAACCAGAUUUGUUUACUUUCGGCAACUUGGCUGAGUCUCCUGGAAACAGUUAGGACAAAAAGAGAGAAUCAUCAACACAGACUUUACGAGGUGCCAGAUAAGACUUUGUAGACUUUUCGGGAUGUUUCCCACGACUAUCCUCCUCGCAACGCUCUGCGUUUUUGCCUUUACGCGUGGCUGCCAGCUCCCCUCGGAGUGGCGGCCGCUGAGCGAAGGCUGCCGGGCGGAACUGGCGGAGAUCAUCGUGUAUGCCCGGGUCCUGGCAAUCCACCGGGAGCCGGUGGGCGUUGGAGUGGGGAGUCUGUACAACUCCCUGCCCUUCGGGUUCGGAUACGGGUACGAGGGCGCAGAGGAAGGGCUGCUGUACUCUGCAGAGGUGGAGCUGCUGUGUGACCAAGCCUGGGGCAGCAUGCUGGAGGUACCCUCUGGAUCCAGGCUCAACCUGACCGGGCUUGGUUACCUGUCCUGUCAGUCCCACACCGUGAUGGAGAACUACUCCUAUUUCUUUUUCCUCAGGAUGGAUGAGAACUACAGCAUCCGACCUCACGGGGUCAACUUCCAAGAUGCCAUCUUUGCUGACACAAUUGAGAACAGGCGCACGUUCUCCAGUCUGUUCCAGUUCUCCAACUGCACUCAGGGGAGCCAACCAUUCCAGACUUUCAGCCCCGAGUGGGACACGCAGGAAGACAGCAGGCUGCUGUGUUCCUCAGUGCAGGCUGCACUGUUUGAGGAGGAGGAACGAGGCCGGAAGUUGCAGGAGCGGUUGGCUGCAGCAGAGAGGAGGAACCGGCAGCUGAAGGAGCGAGUUCGCAAGGUGAAGCGUUCCUUGAGGAACGCCCGCAAAGCUGCACGCAAGGCCGAGCAGCAGGCACAGGAGCUACAGCAGAGGCUAAAAGCUUCAGAGAGAAUGGUGGGACAUCACCUCAACACUAUAACACAGAAGGAGCCUCCACUCGGGGGUUACACAAGUGCAGCGAUACGUCACGGGAUGCAACUUUAACUCGUAUAAGUGCCACUCACCUGGACUGCAGAGUGGUUGUAGAUCUGGAGAGACUGCUGGGCGGUCUCUCUGCAAGGGAUGGACAAGUGUCACUUACGAGUAAAAACACUUUAAAAGCAAUACUCUUCACAGUUGUCGUGUAAAUUAACUGCUAUCCCUUUUCUUUCUACCUGGAACUCCUGUAAUAAACUGUGGAUAAGCGUGAUUCCCACUUAUCUGAUAAAGAAAACGGUUUUCUGAAUGAGAAUCUAACAUGUUUCUUUUCCCACUGAUUCCUUCUUUGGUUGUUCAGCUCUGCUGCGUUAAUGAGUGGAUUCAGUGGCAGAGCUGUGCUCAUCUCAAGAUGUUGUCUUGCUCUGCUCUGACACUAAGAGCAGCUGUGAGCAAUAGUAACAGCCACAGUGGGAGCUUAUUGGGAUGUGAAGGAUAAUUAGUUCUCUUUGCCUUUUAGGUGUUAAUUAAAACACAGUUAUGAUUUUCACAAGGCACCACUUUUACCUCAGUGGAAAAAACCUGCACCGGGUCACCAGUGAAAUAUUUAGGGAUAGAGUUAGGUUGCUUUUAAGUUUCAUGCCAUAAUGCCAGAUAGAUAAGUUUCACAAGCUAUAGGAGGUGUCAGCUUUCCAAUAAAGUUUAUAACAAGGAUUUUGGCCUCACAGUUUCUCUGUUAUAAGAUCUGCAAAUGCCAAAUACUGAAUAGUACAUAUGAAAGGGUGCAUGUAAAUUAAUAGUCAAAUAAAAGUUCUUCACUAUUUGAUCAAUCAAUCAAUCAAUCAAUCAAUGAAAGCCCUGCAUUACACUGACAACCUGUCCAGGCUCUUGCACAAUGGUAGCUGAGAUAGGCUCCAGCUGAUUCAUGGAGGGCAAUGCUAUAUUCUGUAAAUGUGGUAACAGUUACUUACAUAUUUUCUGAUCAUAAUGAAAACAUUAGGAUCAUUUUGAAGUCAGGUAAACUUUUGAAAUUGGGAGAGCAAUUUUAAAAACAAAGCAAAAAGUAAAGAACUCUACAUAUUUGGAUACCAAUUGGGUUUGAGGUCAGUCCUCAUAAGAUGACAGCUGAUGGUUUCGAGAAGCACUUUGGCAAAUAGAUUUGUUCUUCACAGGGACCUGCAUGCAUUCAAAGCAUGCUCAAAGUUCACUGAUCAAUACUACAAGGACUACAAAUAGACUACAGCCAGAAAGCUGACAUAAAAAAACCUUACAGAUUCUGUGUGUAAAUAAGCAAAUAACUUCAAAUAACUUCAAAUUCUCAAUUUUCCACUGCAUUGACCAGCUAGUCCCAAACUUUGUGUGCAUGCUGUUUUCACCUGCAUAGGUAUGCAUACAGCACAUUUUCAAAGCUGCUGCUUGAAAACAGCUCCUUGUUGCUUCUACACGCAGCUGCCAGUGAUGCUGAUGAGAACAAUUAGACUGAAAUGAAACAUUAGAGUUGAAGCCUGGAAAAAUGAACUAACCGACAGCUUCAGUUGUCAGUGUAUCAGUUUUUAUAAAAAAAUAUAUGAUCACGGCUGAGUGACGCAAUAAGGUACAGCUCGUCCAAUAUCAGUAAUGCUAUGAUAAAUCAAUUCUCGGAUUUCUGAGAGAAGGCUCAUUUAUUUUUAAUUCAAGUUAAAGUCUGUACACACAGCUAGCUUGUGAAUAUUUUUGUAUGAAUGAUUUUUCUGUAUAUAAAAUUUUAUUUUGAUGAACUUCAGAGUGGAAGUUUUGAG